GGUCUCACUUUCUCUUUCCCAUCACUUUCAAGCGGAAACUUAAUGAAUGACUAUUCACACGGGUUUAUUUAAUGAUGGGUGGGGGAGAGGGGGGGACAAACAAAGCUGGACCAAAGUCCAUCGGGACAAUUCAAACGCACGAGUGAAGAGGUGAAAGAAGCAGCAGACCAUGUCAUAAGGGAGGCACGUUCCGUCCCGUGAAAAGGCCUCAUCCUAGCAUUUCCUGCUGUAUUUGUCCUUUCCACUGUCAGCGUCUGCGAGUGAAAUGAAAUGCCACUUCAGGAGGGCCGCCAGAUGUGUGUGUUGCGGAAAAUGGAGCAGUUGGCGAUGGUGCGCGUCCACGGUGAGGACCCUUUCCUCCAACCACGCCCCGAAGCCCCCGCUACCCACCCUCUACGCGGCGCUCGUCUUCCUGUACGGCUCAGCCGACAAGCUCCGCUGGUUUGUCGCCGGCAUCUUCCUCCCCCAGUACCACUACCCGUACGUGGCGGCCCUCUGCUUUGGCCAGGUCCUGGUGUCAGUGUUGUUCUUCAAUCUCCUCCACGUCCUGGGGGUGGCGCCACUGAGGCGGUACAGUCGUCCACUGGCGGAGCGUCUCUUGGUGCCUUCCAUCUGCAGCAGCGUCCACGCCGUGCUCGUCAUGUGGGGCGAGGCCAGCAGCUCCUACGCGGGCCUCUUCCCGCUUGCCCUUCGGCCGCUGUCUCUCGUCACGUUGGGCCUGAGCUUUGCGCUAAAGGUGUCAGCGCCACCCUCUGGCCACAGCUGUGUCCUUGUGGCCAUUCUGACUGGGUCGUCUCUGGCCUUCACAGCCUGGCGCGGUCUAUCAGUCGCGGAGCCUCUUGAGUACAUGUACGCGCCUCUGGCCGUCAUCCUCCUCAGCCUCUCCCUGACUUGGCUGUCAAAAGUGUCCCAGGCUGAACGCCGCCGCCUGCCCGCCGACGACCAGUCGUCCGCUUUGGACAUCUACUACACUUUGCAGGUGAAUCAAUGCUGGCUGCUGGGCCUGCUGUGGACGCUGCAUCCGGACGGCCCCCUGCUGGCACUGAGCCGGGCCAGCUGGGGCAGCCUGCUCUUCCACGGUUACCUGUUGGCCAUCCUGCUGCUGGGGAUGCUCCUCGAUUUUGCGGCGGUCAUGUCGGCGCUGUGCAUCUCGCCACUGGCUGCGGCGCUGUUACAUUCGGCCCGGGAGCUGGCGCAGCCCUUCGCGCAGCUGCUCUGGGCUUAGACUGGCAUGUU